CAACUGUCAGUUCCACUACUGUCAGUUCUACUGCUGUCACUGUCAGCAGUGAUACUGCUGUAGUUCCAGCUUUGCCAGCUAGUGACAACAUCCUUGUUACCAGUAGUGACACUAAUACUGCUGCUCCAGAGAGUGAAGUGAUAAUGACUUCUUCCACUCUGACCUCUGAACCAGAGAAUGUUACUGUGACCGUGACCUCUGAACCUUCAGAUGUGUCAAAUUCAUUUACAACUUUGUCUGCUAUUCCAAUUUCAGUGACAUCUGCAUUACAAGAUCACCCUGGGUCAGAAAACAGUGACACUGAGAGCAAGGGCAAAGGUCAAAAGAGGAAGAAGUCAUCCAAUUUUGAUAACCCGUACUACGAAAAACGACGAUCAGCCAGGGUGAGGAACACUUUUACACGAAGAGAGGAGGAACGAGUGAACUUCCGAGAGAUCUUAGAGACAUUUAUACCUCCCAGUCUCAGGUCUGGAGUUGAUGAGGAGGAAAUGGAAACCUUGGAUCUUCUUUCUGACAGUGAAGGAUCUGUUUUUACUAAAACCAAUAAAACUGAAAGUGGAACAGUAUCAAAGGCAAAGCCGUUAUCAGAUACAGAGGAAAAUGAGGUCAGGGAAUUCCUUGAGAGAGAACAGAAGAAUGGCGGCCUGCUUAGUUUGAUGUUACAUUUUCUGGAGUGUCUGUGUGAUAGGGCAGAGCUGGCCUGGCCCCCAGAGCUCGCUUCGGUCUUUGUCAGGAUAUAUACGAGAUGGAGGAGACAUACAGACUUGCCAUGUUUACUCAGUAAAAAUGAACCAGAAGAAGACAUAAGAGUGUUCGGAAAGAUGUUGCUAAUGAAGCUGGAGUUUCAGUUUGAUCAAUGGUUAACCAAGCACCUCAGAAGUGGAGCCUCACCUAAAGGGAAAAGUCCUGGGUCAGGUCUUCCAUCAGAGAUGCCCAAGUUCUGGGAGGAAGACAUGGAUUACAUAUUUGGGUUACAGGGUCAGUCAGAGGUCAUGGGACCUUUGUGGUUACAGCACUGUGUCAGAGCUUUCUGGCUGCAGGCUCGGCUGUGUCUACUACAGGGAAAAAUUCAGUAUGCUUCAUGCAGCUUUCACAAGGCAAAAGAAUUUUUGAAAUGGAGAAUUGAAGAUGAAAAUGCCCCAGAGAUUUUCUUGCAGAACUGCCAAAGUGACAACUUGCUUUCAAUAGAAAGCAUAGAUCGGCAUCAAGAUUCCUUGGAGAGAAGUCAGUCCAUGGAUGAAAUGCAAAAAUUGUUUGAAGCCAAAGAAUUUGAAAAAGUGGUGGAACUUUUGUUAAAGGCCGUUAACCAACCCAGUCAGAAAUCUAUGAGAAUUGACCCGGAAUCUGUUAUUCCUCCAAGGAUCGAACAGCUCUGCUUGCUACAUGACUGCCUUCAAAAAAUGGGAGAUAUGCAGAGAUCUAUACAUUGGGGUGAGGUAGCUUUUCAUGAGGCCUUUCAGGGAUACAAGAAGGCCACAACAAGCCCUCAGAAAGAUGAGUGGUCAGCUGUGCUAAACCAGAUCUGGUCAUCGCUUCUCAAAAAUCUGGAGAAGCCUGAGUGUUUGAAGGCACUGAGCGAGCCUCGUAAGAAUCGUUUGACCUCUGACCUGGUGAGUGUGAUUGACAUCAUGAUGUCGGUACCAGAGAAGGCGACUGACAUGCCCAUAGGAAGUGUGUUACCUUGGAUGAUCCUCUACUCCAUCAUCAACUGGGAGGAAGAGAAAUUCUUUGCCCUUCAGAAAGAACAAGAAUCUACAGAUAUGAGUAGUCAAGAGAAUCUGCCCUCUUCACUGAUGCUCCUCAAUGUCUCACAUGAAUAUCUGGGAAGCCAUUCAUGGUGCACAAAGUCAGAUGGGCAAUUCCUGAUAUUUUUCAUGGGUGUCUUGGAAAAGAAACUCAAGGACAAUUCUAAGUACACAGAGGACCUCAGGCAGAUGUAUGAGCAAUGUGUGUACUGUCUUUACGGUCAUCCCAACAAGAAGGGCAAGGCCAAACACCUAGCUGACCACAAUGCCCCACCCCUUUCCCUCACCCUCCCUCAGGCUGUACAGCUCUUUGAGUGUUACAAGCCAAAGAACCUGCCAGAGUUUGACAGUUUUAAGACAGACACUGUUUCUGCAGAGCUGGAGUCUCUUUUAAGAAGAAUUAUACAGCUUAUACCUGAGAAGGAAAAACCAGCUAACAGACUGGAUAAAGUUCAGGACUACAUUGAUGGCACGAGCAGUGUUGUUCCUACCCCUGUGAAAGGACUAGAGUUCUUAACUAUAACGAAAGAAAUCUAUUACCUACUGGCAGACUAUUACUUCAAGAACAAUGAACAUCCGAAGGCCAUCAAAUUUUACAUGUAUGAUAUCUGUGUUUGUCCACUAAGACUGGACUCCUGGGCAGGACUGGCCCUUGCUAGGAUGUACCAGCUGGAACAGAAACUCAACUCGACUGAUCUAAAACUAGAUGUGUCACUGAGGAAGAGGUCUGGGGCAGCACUGAGGUGUUUUGACAGAGCGGUAGACAUUGAGGAUGCUUAUGGUAAACUAUGGAUGGAGUAUGGAUCUUUGUCUUACCAGUUACAUGCUCACUCCUCCAGGCAACUCGGCUUUCAUCAGGAAAAGAAAGAAGAAUGUGACGUGGAUUUUCUUCCCUCAGACUUGCAGCAGUCAGCGUCCAGCUUUAAGCUUGAGAUGUUGGACAAGGCGUUCAUGUGUUAUAAGAGUGCCUCCCAGUGUGUAGACGAGGAGAGUGAGGAAUGGCUGACAGACUACAUGAUGGGGAAGUGUCUGGAGAAAAUGCAUAAACCACCCCUGGAGUAUCUGAAAUACUAUAAACAGGCUGCUGCUGCUCUACAUGAAGAGAAUGCCACUUAUCCAAAAAAGAUUGCCUAUGCUUACACAGCCCAUACUUCCCCCAGGCUAGCAGUAGAGGCCUUGGAGAUGUUCUACCGCCUUCAUGUGUCUAUCCUGAAGCUACUGCUCAGUGGCUCCCACACUGAGGAUUACCACACCUACUCUGACUACAUAGAUGAAGCAGCUAAUUCUCCAUUUGCCAGAGGAUGUGAGAAAAAGGAUGAGGAGUCUGGAAAUGUAUCCAUGGAUUAUGAGGAUACAAAGACCGACAAAACCACCACAAACCAACAAGACCACACCUACUCCAAAUCCAAGGAUUCCACAAACAUGAUGGACAAUGUCAAUGAAAAUCAGGUGAAUAUUGAUUCCGCGGACAACAGUAUGGAUGAAAAGCUGGAAGACUCGGCAAACAACAGCCGAGACAGCAGCGAGUAUUUCCCUAGUGCGGAGCCUUCCGAAUCUUCUCAGGAUGUUUGGGGUAGCAUAGGAGGAGAAGACAGUUUGCUGAACUUUUCUGGCGCAACCUUUAAACAUCAGGAACCAUCUGCGGUACCCAAGACAAUUGAAUUGUCAGCUGAGAUGCUGGAUUCUUGUGGUGGAAAAAUGCCAGAUUCUGAAGACAGUGCAGCUUCAAAGAGUGGUAAUACGGAACAGUUGACUAAACAGAAGUCUUUAGGUUUUAUCCCUUCUGAGAUUGUUGAGGAAUCAAAAUCCAGUUCUAAAUUAAAUUUGGCCAAAGAUUCAUCUAUGUCCAAAACUGGAGUGGACAUCAUUGAAAUUUUCUCCUCACCAGAACCUAUUGAUCCCAAAGUCCAGCCAAAGUUUUUCACUCCAGAUAAUCAGCAAUCUUCCUUAGAGUCUGAUGAUAAAAUGGAAAUUGUCACACCAUGCAAUGUACAAAAUGUAGAAGUGAAACCUGAAAUAGGCAUUGAUGGUGGUUCAACUCCUGUCUUAAAAGCAGCGGGAGAUGUUCAACCCAUGGACAGUUUGGAAAAGAAUGAGGAGGGAAAAGUCAGUGAGAGCAUGAAAGAAUCUGGGGAUAACCCAUUGGCAGUGAAAGAGAGAGAUGAAAACAAAGGAAAAGAGUCAGAGACAACAAGUGAGACAGAAAGAUCCAAAGAAUCUGAUAAGAGCUCACCAGACAUAACUAAGGCCAAACCUGAAUCUACUAGUUCAAGCAUAAAGACAGAGGAACCCUCCAAAGGAAAUCCUCCUCAGGAAGGAGGAAAAGGGACAAAUUCAGUUAACCCUGUAGAAGCAGGAGGGGGUGACACUGAUACACCAAAACCUGAAAAAGAAAACAAGAAUGAAGAGUCUAGCAAAUCUGAGGAAAAAGAGAAACCCAAACUGGAGGGGACUGCCCUGCGUAAAGAUCUGAUUGACAAGUGUAUGGCUGCUUUACACCUGUGUUUGUCCAGAUUUCCAACCCACUACAAAUCUACUUAUAGACUGGCUUAUGUGUAUUUCUACUCAACUUUUCACAAGAACCUGCAGUAUGCACGAGAUCUCUUGCUAGGAAAUCCCCAGUGGCAGUCCCUUAGUUACAUGCCAGCACAGGGACUCUUCAGUGAGAGAAAAGUCACCAACUUUUUCCAGGGUACGUGGAGACUUCCUAUCAGUGAGGUGGAGAGGGCGGGGAGUUUUGCCACACACCUUAACAGGGCGGUCCUCCUCCUACUGAAGGUACUACUGGAACAGAAAGACGUCCCCAUGUUGUACCAUCUACAUCUACAGCUAAACAGGACCCCAGACGCAGAAAAGAAGUACCUUCGUGAUGCUGAGAGGCUACAUUACUCAAAACUGGCUCUUGAUUAUUGCAUGACUGCAAUAAAGAACAGACUUCCAGAAAUACGAGAAUUACAGGACACUGAAAAAGCCAUUAAACUGUUGAUGGAAACAUAUAGAAUUUAUAACUAUGGAAUUUCUAAAAUGAAGGCAACCAUUGGACCCAGAAUUAGUAAUCUGCUGGCAGCAACAUUCCGGGCAGUCAUGAAAGAAGAGGUUUCUCCAGAUAAACCUCUGUUUGAACAAGCAAUCAAAUUUUGUCAACUUUAUCAUCAGCAGAACACACCACAAAGACAGGGCACCGUUCGAUCAAGUAUGGAUAGCAGUUUUUCUGAUUCCUCCUUGUUUUCCCCUGACAAACUCUUAACAAAUCCCUUCAGACCUUCAGGAACACCUCAAUCUCCUGUAAAAACACUUCAGAGCAAUCUCUCAUCCACACAGCAAACAAAAUCUCAACAGUCCCCUCUCACUUCAGUACAAGUACCUUCUAGUAAACCAGAGACACCUCAUUCACCAGCCAAGUUACCUCAAACAGGCACUUCAAUGCGAUCCAGUAAACCACAGGCAAAUCCAUCAACGUUAAAGUUUUCACAGAUUCCAACUUCUGUACCACCAAAACCCAAACAGCCUGUAGUUCAGUUAACCAAAUUACAAAUGACUCCUCAAACUCUUUCAGAGCUUAAUAAAGAAUCUUCAAGGGAGGAGCCUAAAAUUAAUGCAUCCACACUUCUUGGUGGUGCACAGAGCAAAACUGGUGCUUGUCUGUCAACAGGAUCUAGACAAAUGCCUUCUGGUAUUUCUGCUAUUUCCUUGAUAUCUUCCUUGAUAGAGGAUGGUAUCAACAAAGCUAACAAGCAGAAGACUGAAAAAGCUGGAAGAAAUGGAAGCGUGGCUGAUGAACCUCCAGCUCCAGUGAAUACUCCUGUCACUCCAAAAAUGACUACAGCAUCUUCCUCCCCUAGGCCUUCCUCUGCAGCACCUCGCCCACCUCUUCAUUUGAUGCCUCCCAAGAAGAGGGCACUGAUGUCUGAGGAGGUGAUUGAAAUUUUGUCUUCUGAUGAAGAUGAGGAGGCAAUGGAGACCACACCAACAGGCAAAUCAGCCAGCCAAAAGGAAGAUAUAAAGCAAUUGUCAGGGGAAGAUAUGGAAAUGGAAGAUAGUGCAAAUCAAAGUCAGGCUGAAGAAAAAAAAGGGGGGAGAGAUGGGGAAAAUGUUAGUGCUACUUUAGUGACUGAGAACACUGAAAGUGAAAGUAAAGAUAAUCCAAGUUCUAGUAAAGUAACAGAGGAAAGUGAGUUAAAGAUGGAGGCAGGUGCUGAUUCAGGAAAGGAUGAAAUGUCGGAUGUGAAGGAUGUACCUUAUCUUGAUCCAUCAACAGGAUUGUUUGUGACAGACUCGGACAGUCAGAGCAGUGUAUACGUAGCCAAUCCAGAGAACAUCUCAUUCGAGGAUGAACUAAUGGUGGAAGAUGACUGAAGCCCAUUAUUUUGUCCUGUGUGUACCUUUGACUGACUUACUGUGUAGGCUCUGUGAACUUGUCAUAUAUAUUUUCCAGUCUUGUUGUAUGGUAGAGGAUAGAGAAAUGAAUGAGAAUGAACCAAUUUGGUUAAUGUUUGUAGAAUUGAAUGGAGGAUUGAAGUUUAUGACUGUAUGUGCUCUGGUCAGCUAUGAAAAAGAGUGAAGAGAAUAAUAAGUAUGUUUCUGAAAGAUGUUGAGACAAGGAAGAGUAAAAAUAUUGGUAAAACUGAAAGGAAAGUGAUAGGAUGCUUAGUACAUGUACUAGUACAUGUAUAUGCUGAAUGUUUGGUUGUACUAGAUAAAUGUCCAAGUAUUAGUGUGUGUAUCUACAUUGUAAUGUAGAAGCACCAUCGGUAUAAUACAGUUGCAGAAUUUUGUUGUAAGAUGGUCAAAUGUAAACGGGGGCUGUUUUAAAGUGAAGCAAUCAUGUGUAUUUUCAAAUUUCAAUUUUCAAAAUAUCGUUCAGUAAAUGUGGUUAAAAUUAUAAUUUGUAUUUUAAUAAAUAGAAAAUUGACAAA